AUGGCGGAAAACAUGGAGAAGAAGGCUGAGAGGAGCAGUGCUGCCGAGAGAGUUCCUCUGUUCUGUAAGAUAGCACCUUUUACAAUGCCUUCCAAUUCGCUUACAUCAAUAGAAGAAAGAUGUCCGAUGUUGUGCUCUCCGACAUCACCAAAGAGUCCCAAAAUGAUUUCUCCUUCACAUUCCUCGCCACAAUCGCCUAAAAUUAUGAUGGGGCUUCUAAAAUGUACGACAGCAAAGUCAUUUGUGUUACCCACGUCUUUGAAGUUUAAGAAACACAAUUGUGGUGAUAAGAAAGAAGGGGAGCGAAAAAACAGUCCUGAUAAAGCUAAUUUGGAAAGACAGACUAGUGAGGAAAGAGCUCGGAUUUGUCUUGGAGAUCAUGCAUAUGCGAAAAGUGUGAAUUUUCUUGAAGUUCAACGACAGAAGCAGGAAAAAAAAAUGAGUUUUGAAGAAGCAAUUGCCUGUACCAAAGAAGUAAUAGAGAAACAAAAGAAGAAGAAAAAAAUAAAGCAGGAUGAACAGAAUGAUCUGAUCACGGAAGAUGGGGAACAAAACAAGACAAAAGGAAAUAAAAGAAAAAAGAUGAAAAGGGAAAAACCUGAAACAUCAAGUGAUGAUGCCAGUGCUGGUAAAGAAAAGAAAAAACAGAAGCCUAAGGAGUCAGGUGAAGAGGGCAAAGAAAAGAAACAUAAGGAGGCUGGUGAAAGCAACAAGGAAAAGAAACCCCGUAAGAGGAAGAAAAUUGAUUGUGGAGAUGAGAAUGAAGAUGUUCCUAAGGUGAAGAAAAAGAAAAAGGAACUUACCGAUGAACAAAAAGAAAUAAAGAAGAAGAGAAAAAAGGCUAAAUCAGUGGAAGAUAAAGCCAAACAAAAUGAAAGUCAAGCUACGCGGCAAAGUCAAGAGAUCUCUGAUGCGUCAACAGAAUCAUCACCGACUAAGAGCGAUAUCUCAAAUAUAAACGAUUCUCCAUUGUUGGAAGAUACCACUCUACCAGAGGGAUGGACAAGAAAAGUAGUGCAGCGCAAGUCUGGUAAAUCAGCGGGCAAGUAUGAUGUAUAUAUACUCAGUCCUGAAGGUAAAAAAUAUCGAUCAAGAAUUGAACUGGCUGCUCUGUUUAUGAAGACAAACUCUGACCUAAAAUGUAGUCAGUUUGACUUCACCAUUAGAGGUAUUAAGAACACACCGGUUAGGUCCACCCAGCCAUCACCAAAAAAAUUAAAAGAGAUAACAAAACUUUCAAAACAAAAAGAAGAGAAACAAAAGAAGGCUAGUUUGAAACCAGCUCAAAAACUGUUUGUGAAAAUUAACUUUAUAACUCCAAAAGAGCGAAGAAAAAGGGCGAUGGAAAUGAGUGAAAGCAAAGAAGCUAUGCCAACGAUGAAAAAUAAAAAAAUGAUAAAACAGACUACUGUAGAUAGUCAAAUUGAAGGAAAGGGCAAUCAACAAAACAAACAAACAAUUGUGGUUACAAAGAAACAAUUGAUUUUCCCUCAUCUCAGUUCUCUGAGUAGGGAAGAUAAAGAUGAAUUAUCUUCAUCUCAGAAUGCAUCCCCCAAAAAGAGUUUAAAAGACACUAGACCUGUAAAAAAUAAGGAUUUCGCAUGGAGGAAGGAUUGGAAAGGGAAAGAAAAAAAGGAUGUGCCAAAGAAAGCCUUGAAUGACAGUGAGCCAAGGUCUCCUAGGAAACACUCCCAUGAUGAUGGUUCAGUAUCACCUGUUUCUCCGUGCAGGAAUUCUAAUGAACCUGAAUCAAGGAGAAUUAGUUCUCCAAGAAAAAGUUUUUUUGAUAUUGAUUUAAAGUCUCCGAUCAAAGGAGUUCCACCUUGGAGAACCUCAGAGUCAAAAUCUCCUUGUAAUAAAAUGUCUCCAGUUAGACAUUCUAGCGAUGGCGAAGCACGGUCACCUAGCCUGAAAGAACAGACUGAGAGUAGACGGCGAUCACAAGAUAUUCUCUGGAGUGGCAGUGGAACAGUAGAUGAGAAAAGUCCGCAGAACAGACAGAGAACGCCAGAUAGUAAUGAUGAGAUGAAAGAUGCUGGAAGGAGGAAAAGAAUCUCAGAAGGUGUAUUUAAUUUAAAAUUCUAAAUAUUAUUUAUAAUCAAUGAUAGAAACAGACCAGUCGUGGAAAUUUUUUAAUUCUUUCUUAACUCUUGGUCCGAUGCAAAAUUACCACGACUGGUCUAUUCUGAGGCGUAUUCAUUGCUUUGAAUUAUUAAUGAUAUGCAGUG